CCCCCCCCCGGUCACCGACCCAGAGAACAGACACAGACGCCACAGAGAGAAGCCAGCGGACGCCAGACGACUCCAGCCAGCUCGAAGCAUCACAACUCCCUUGGAAAAGAGCAUCUCUGACCAGACCGGACCGGACCGGACCUUUUGGACUUGAUCAGCCCACGAGCCACUGGGGAACGAUUACGUCUGAGAGUCGAGAUCUCCCCCCGCAGCAGAUAAAGAUGCCGAUCUGUACCGUCCUGGAGAAGCGCAGCGGCGCGGCGGUGGGAGCCGAGCUGGCCUGCAGCGUACGGGAGGAGAACAGGGCUCAGAGGGAGAGCUACAGCGCCGACUGGCACAGCCUGCGUCUCAAAACUCAACCUCAGGACAGACAGACGAUGGACAUGAACGACAGCUCCCGCAGGGAGACCCUGUCCCGGCAGUGGCAGGCCCGCGCCCUGACCCAGACCUGCCCCUCCGGGGUCUUCAGGGUGGGCACCGUGGAGUCGGGGGUGAGGGAGCACCGGCUGCUGCCCAAGAGAAACACCCUCCCCUUGCCCAUUUUCGUCCCCGCGGAGCUGGGCGUCCGGCUGGGACGCGGGGCCCCGCACGCGCAGGAGGACCUGCAGCCCGCCCCCACUCCGGACGGAGCCUGGCCCAGCAAGAGGACCGUGGACGAGAUCACCAGGGACCUGCCCCCGGUCAAGCCGACCCUCAUGGAGUUCGCCAAGGCGCCCAAGGCCCUGGGGCGCUCCACGUCCGUGGAGGCCCAGCGAGGGUGAACGGACAGAGGAGAGGAUGUCAGGGAGAGACGAGGGGGAUGACGGAUGGAGGAGGAUAGUCUUUGUCCGGAAGGACAAGAUGUAUAUAGAUUCAUCUCUCGUGACAUUUAUCAUAAACCCCCUUUUACUGCUGAUUAUUAAAUUUUUUUUCUAGCUCUGUCCGUGUCUCUUGGUGCACACGGCAGCAGAUAAAUGUCACGUGGUAUUAGAAACGGUUGUGUAAAAGCCCAUUCGCUUAGUGAUGGAGAGUCAGAUUAGGUGCAUGCUGCUCAGCUGCGCCGCGGGGCUGUUGUCUGCCUGCGCUGGCCGCCGCUGAGUCUGCUGAGUCACGGUGACACAACUGUUGCGUGCGUGCCUGCACUUCCCCCCUUUUGACCUUCUUUUCGUGUUUGAAAUGUGCAUGAAAUCCCAACAAAGGUUAAAUGAAAGUGCUCUGGUGGCCACUUGACCGAUGGAUCACAGCUUGUAACCAGGUGUGGAAGGCGAUGCAGGAAGAUGGCGGCAGGUAGCAAACCGUGAAGUGGGAGAGAAAAAGGAAGCGAGAGAGUCAGAGGGGAAGAGGAAGAGGGAGAAGAAGAGGAAGAGGAAGAGGAGGGGCGAGGGGAACAGGCCUCAGUCAGGAUCCGGGCCUGAAGAUCUCGACGGUCUCUGAUCUCUGUGUUGAGAAGACAACACACACUGCGGCUGUACAUAUGUGUGUCCUUCUGUGUGUGUGUGUGUGUGUGUGUGUGUGUGUGUGUGUGCGUGCGUGCGCAGGCUGACACCUCGGAUCAAGAGGACAUAGGAGAAACUACUAACCUGUUCUUCACCGCGUUGUUAACGGUUCUGCUGUGUUUUAGCCGAGCGGCAGCUCCGAUAGAGGAACAGAUUCACACGUAGUGAAUGCCUUUUUUUGAAAUGUCUGCAAUAAUUUGUCCUGUAGGUAUUUAAAAUUUUUACGAAUAAAAAACGAGCUACGUUGCUCAACACUU